ACUCCACGCGAGCGCCAGGCGACUCGUCAGCCGCGAGGAAGACGACGACGAGGCCACCGCGUCGCCGUCUCGUCAGUGAGUCGUCACGCGCGCUCGCGCGCAGGAAUCUCACAUGCUGCUGCUGCCGCUGCUGCUGCUGGUGUGGUGGUAGGUUCCAGCUCCGUGAACCGGCAAAAAAAAUCCUCCCCGUCUCGCCGCCCGCCGCGCCCGCGCCGCGCUUCUAACCCCCACCCACCCACCCACCGCCCGCGCGCGCGCGCGCGUCGGUGCUCCACCUGCAUCCUCUAAUCCCCGCGUGGGCGGCGCCUUGUCUGAUCUGGUUGCCAGCCACAGCUCGCGGGAUCUCGCGUGUUUCGGUGGAGGGGAUUGCGGCGCCGUGUGAUUCGGCGAUUGGGAUGAGAGAGGGGAGGCGGCGGCUGCGGCGGUGGCGAUGAGUGGCUCGGCGGCGACGCUGGGGAUGCGGUGCGGGAGCUACGGCUCCCUCGCGUCGGCCGGCGGCGGGAGGAAGGGCGGGGGCAGGGGGUGGGGGUGGCGAGGCGGCGGGGAGAAGGAGCGGCUGCAGCUGCUCCACCGCGCGCUGCGGCUGGUGGGCCGCCGGAGGGCCGGGGUGCUGCUGCUGCUCGCCGCUGCCUCCGCCGCCGUCUUCUGCUCCAUCUUCGCCGUCGUCAAAGAUGAUAAUGCUUCAAUGAUCAUUGCAAAUAACUAUGAAGUCGCAAAUACCAUACAGAACUCUGUGUAUCCCAGCAUGACAAGGCCUCUAAUGACGUCCAGCGACCAAUUCUCUGCUAGUAGCGUCAACAAAACUGAACUUCCAAAUCGACUUCGUCUUUCAUUUGCAAACUUUACACAUCAUCCUUGUGAAGGUUUCUCAGUUGCCCCUCCCCUGGUUGAUCCGAAACGCACUGGACCACGACCAUGUGAUGUUUGCUACGUGCCUGUAGACCAGGCGUUCGCUCUUAUGCCUCCACAACCUUCACCAUCUCCUGUCCUUAAGAACUUAAGUUAUGUAUUUGAAGACAACAUCACUGCAAAUUUCUCAAAUCAGGGCUCUGUAUUUGGUGGGCAUCCAUCUCUGGAGCAGAGAAAUAAAUCUUUUGACAUUAGUGAGUCUAUGACUGUCCACUGUGGCUUUGUUAGAGGAAAGAAACCUGGCCAAGGUUCUGGAUUUGAUAUCAAUGAUGAUGAUCUGUUAGAGAUGGAGAAAUGCCGUGAGCUGGUUGUAGCUUCUGCUAUUUUUGGGAAUUAUGAUAUGAUUCAACAUCCAAGGAAUGCCAGCGAAUUUUCAAAGGCAAAUGCAUGUUUUUAUAUGUUUGUAGAUGAAGAAACAGAGGCUUAUGUAAAAAAUUCUAGCUCAUUGUACAGAAACAACAAAGUUGGCUUAUGGAGGCUAGUGGUCGUUCGAAAUCUCCCAUACGAAGAUCCAAGGCGUACGGGGAAGAUUCCUAAGCUUCUGCUCCAUAGGCUUUUUCCAAAUGUGAGAUUUUCAGUUUGGAUAGAUGCAAAGCUUAAGCUCGUUGUGGACCCUUAUCUACUGCUUGAGAGGUUUUUGUGGAGGAAGAAUGCUACUUUUGCUAUCUCUCGGCACUACAAACGCUUUGAUGUAUUUGAAGAAGCAGAAGCUAAUAAAGCUGCUGGCAAGUAUGACAAUGCAUCAAUUGAUUACCAAAUAGAGUUUUACCGAAAUGAGGGCCUAACAUAUUAUGCACCUGCUAAGCUUCCUAUUACAAGUGAUGUCCCUGAAGGUUGUGUCAUCAUCAGAGAGCACAUUCCCAUCACGAAUCUCUUCACAUGCCUUUGGUUCAAUGAAGUUGACCGUUUCACCUCCAGGGAUCAAAUUAGUUUCAGCACCGUCCGGGACAAAAUAAGGGCUAGAGUUGGCUGGAUGCCUGAAAUGUUCCUGGACUGCGAAAGACGCAACUUCGUUAUUCAGGGAUACCACAGGGAGCUACUAGAGCAAAUGAUUGCAUCCGGUUGGAAGCCCCCUCCAACGGCCAGUGAACCAUCUCGAAAACUCAGAUUAGGUAGCAGGAAAGCUCCUCCAUCAAAGAAGUCUUCCAUGAAGCGGAAAAGAGUGAAGAAAUCGAGCUCGCGGAGGCGUCUCCCCAAACCAAUCACUAGGAUGACUGAUACUACUACCUGGCAAAAGUUGGGCGCAUGAUGAUCCAGGGCUCUUUCCUCUUUGUUGACACAAUUCACUUUGCUGGAGGGCGAGCUCAUUCUAUUAGGACACAUACUUGUAGUUUUUUUUCCCUCCGACGAGAUUUGUUCAUAGUUUAUUCUUGAUUGUUGGUGUAAAUAACAGCGAAAGCAAUAUAAUCAAAUAUUUUCGAUGAGCAGCCAUUUUUUCUUUGUAACAACAGCUGCUACCA